CAUUUUUGGUCCAGAAGUUCGAGUUGUCUGAGCUUUAACUUGAAAAACUCUCAUCGGGAAGUAGCAUACAGGCGUAUAAACUGUCUCUCUUCAGCCAUCCUUAACUCAUCUCACCUCGAGCCACACUAUCAUCCCUUUGAAAGAUUGGCAUAUGAGCGAACAAUUCCCCCAAUGUUUGCUUCGCCAUUUUCAAACAUCGAAUUGCGCAACUCAUCUCCGGGAUAUUAUCGAGUGAGAUAUUUCCUGCUCUCGAUAAUAUAAAAUUCUACCUUCUAUACCGACGUUGCAUAAGAUAACACUUUGUCGUCGUUUGGUAACUCUUCUCGCUCUCUUCAAACAGCUGGUUGGAAAAAAAAUUCGAUAACACGAAAUAUGUGUAUUAUGUGCAACUGCGGUCAAAAUAUGUCGUUUUCUCUGGCUCGUAAACGACUUUCACAAGGAUCUAAGAAAUAGAAUCGCGUGAAUCGGAAUUUAAAGACUUCCAAAGACUUUUUUUUGACUAUUCCUGAUUCUGUCGCUGUGCGAAUGUUGUUUACGUUUCCGAUUUGUCGUGACGCACGUUACGAUCGAGCAGUAAAAACGACAAUUGAAAAACAAGUUUAAUAUUCAUUGAGCUUUGUUCUAAACGCAAUAAUGGGCAAUGCGGGAAGCAAUCAACCUGUUAGCCAUCACGGCACAGUAAGCAGGGAACAUCGACACAACAAGGAUCAUCCGCCACCAUCUCCAGGAAAAGACGGACAGGCGUUUGUCUUUGAUAAAAAACCUAGUCAGAAACUUGUUUUUCAGUCUUCUCACGAGGAAGAAGAGCCAUAUUUUGCAAAAAACAACCAACAAGAGGGAGAUUUUUCAUCACAACGACCAAGAUCCAACACUGUUUCUGAGGGAACAAAAGUUGCAGACAGCAAGGUGCUACCGACUGUUUUCAAAUGGGAAGGAGGCGGUAAGCAGGUAUAUAUCAGUGGGACCUUCACAGGAUGGAAAACCCUUCCAAUGGUAAAGAGCCAUGGUGAUUUUGUUACAAUAAUUGAUUUGCCAGAAGGAGAACAUCAAUAUAAAUUCUUUGUCGACGGAGAAUGGAGGCAUGACCCUGGAUUAAAAAUAGUUGACAACGGUAUGGGCUCCAAAAACAAUCUAGUAUCUGUAAGAAAAUCUGACUUUGAAGUAUUUCAAGCUCUCGCGAAAGACAGUGAGAGCGUUACCAGUAGUGCUCAAACAGAAUACGGACAGGAAAUACCGCCUCACAAGCCUUGGGAAAAAGUGGCGGGUCCACCUAUUUUGCCACCUCAUUUGUUACAAGUUAUUCUCAAUAAGGAUACACCACUAUCCUGUGAGCCUACUCUUUUACCAGAACCAAAUCAUGUUAUGUUGAAUCAUCUUUACGCCUUGAGUAUUAAGGAUAGUGUGAUGGUUUUAUCGGCUACGCAUCGUUAUCGCAAAAAAUACGUCACAACUUUGCUUUACAAACCUAUUUAAUUGUCGUCAUUCCCGCUUGUUUGUUGGUGCUAAUUCAUUUUCUUGAUUAUCAUUGAUUGUUGUUAAGUAUUGAGGUGUCGGAGUAGUGCGACAUUGGUAUGUAAAGAGAAAAAAGAAGUAACAACUUUGACCUCUUUCUCAGAGUAGAAGAUCAUAAUAUUCAAAAACGUUCGUUUUAUCUCAUUGUUUAUUACACCACUGUUUACCUCAGUCAUGUGUGUAUAACAAAAAGUAACUACUAUUUAUUAAAGUCAAAUAUUUUAUA